AUGCGAGAAGUGAGUUUGAUGCGGAUGAAGGAGGAUGAAAUGGAACGUAAGCUUUUGAAGCAUGAGUUAAAAAGGAUCCAACGUGAAAGAGAGGAGCUGGAACAACAACACGUACAAGAACGGUUGGUUGAAGGUUCGAUUCUGGAUGGCGAUGAUUUCGAAGAAGACGAUUUUCGCGAGAAGGUGGAUAGCUGGCAGGUUGGAGACCCGGUUGAGAUGCAACAAAAGCAAGGCUCUACGGUUCCAAAUGCAGAACGUCACAAAUCGGCGGAUUGGAAGAAUUCUACAUUAAGAAACGGGGAAUCGGAUUCAACCAGUGUUGACAGUUUUGUAGAAGGAUACGAACGCAGUUCAAAAGUUCAUACUAGCCCAAAUCCGACGCGCUCUCAAAUUGCUUCGAGACAAGUUUACCCAAAAACUUUACCAAAAUUCUCCGGUCGACCUCAGGACUGGCCAACGUUCAUCAGCGCUUACGAACAAGCCAAUCGGUCUUGUGGGUUUAACCACGCAGAAAACUUAGUGAGGCUACAGGAAGCAUUAGAGGGUCGAGCAAAGGAUCUAGUGAGGAAUAGGCUGUUACUUCCCGAAAACGUCCCAAGUAUUAUCGAGAAGCUCCGCAAGAGGUUCGGUAAUCCGGAGGUUUUAUCGACAAUGCUGACAGAUCGUGUAUUGCAACUCGUUGGGCCUGAUUCAGAGAACUUGGAAUCAGUUAUUGAAUUUGGAAGUGCAAUUGAAGAGUUCACGCAACACCUAAAAGCAUCGAACCUGACUGAUCAUUUGAAAAAUCCAAAUUUGAUGCAUCGAUUAGUUAACAAAUUGCCUUCCUGUUAUGCAAUGCAGUGGAUGGAAUUUAAGCGAACUAAAAGAUCGAUAACUCUUGAGACAUUUGGCGAAUUUAUGGAGGAGCUCGUGGACAAGGCAUUGGAGGCAACGUUCGAAAAGGUCGCCAUGGAAGAAUCAUCAAAAUCGAAACGUCGAACUGCUGUGAAAGGAUAUGUUCAUGCGACUGAUGCUGAAAUUCAAACAUCUAGCUGCAACUGCAAUAAAAAUGAAGACUUCUCGAGACAAUCUGAUGCUGUUCAAAGUUUCCAGUCGAGCCGAACAGAAAGAAUCUGUUCUGUUUGCAAAAAUCCAGGACAUUAUGGCAGAAACUGUAAUCAACUAAAAAACCAGAAUGUUGAAGAUAGAUGGAGAACAGUACAACGGCUGCAGUUGUGUCCACUAUGCAUAUACGACCACGGAAACAAAGAAUGUUCGUCAAGACGAAAAUGUGGUUUCAACCAGUGCAACAAAAGGCAUCAUGCAGUGCUUCAUUGGGAAGAGAAUCCAGGUCCAUCAUACGUCACCGCAAGCUGUAACAAUCAGAAGCAAUGUGAUCAAUCGGUUUUGUUUCGGAUGAUACCUAUCACGCUGUACAACAAGUCUAUUAAGGUUGAUACUUUGGCUCUUAUCGACGAGGGUUCAUCGGUUACACUGAUCGAAAGUGGACUAGCAGGACAAUUAGAGGCGUCUGGUGAACGAGAACCGUUAGAAAUGAGCUGGACGAAUGGGAUGAGUACGACAGAGGAUCAGUCAAUGAAAUUGUAUCUAGAAAUUGCAGGAUUAGGAAUGGAAGACCGUUUGAAUUUGAUCGAUGCAAGGACGGUCAAAAAACUUGACCUACCGAAACAGCAGCUGGAAUUUACGAACAUCGCUUCUCGAUAUACACAUUUACAUGGUAUCGAUAUAAAGGGAUACGGAAUGAGCGCACCGAAAGUACUUCUUGGAAUCAACAACGUACAUUUAAUAGCUCCUUUAGAUUCGAGAGUCGGAAAACCAGGUGAACCGGUUGCGAUCAAGUGUAAGCUUGGAUGGACGCUCUACGGUCCACGUCCAGGAGUAGUAGCUACUGUACAUUUUAUUGGGCAUCACCGAUGCAAUUGUGUCGAAUGUGGCAAGUCAGACCGUAAUAUGAACGCCGCGUUGAAAGAAUAUUUUCAGCUUGAAGACGUUGGAAUCACACCCAUUAGACUCGAAUCGAAGGAAGAUCGUCGAGCUCGGGAAAUUCUCGAAAGGACCACCAGACGUGUAGGAGAAAGAUUUGAAUCGGGGUUGCUGUGGAUCGAAGACGACGUCGUGUUUCCCGAAAGUUAUCAAAUGGCGCUGAAACGGUCACUUAGCUUGGAUAAACGCAUUGCACGAUGUCCAGAGAUUCGAGAAAACAUUUUGAAACAACUUGAAGAAUACGUCACGAAGAGUUAUGCCCAUAUUAUCACGGAUCAAGAAUUAUUAGAAACGCCAAAGGAGAAAACGUGGUAUUUACCUUUGAAUUUCGUUAUUAACCCGAAAAAACCGGGGAAAGUCAGGCUCGUGUGGGAUGCCGCUGCCAGGGCGAAUGGUGUUUCCCUAAACGACAAGCUGCUCAAAGGUCCAGACAUGACAUCAUCGUUGCCAGCGGUGAUAAAUGCAUUUAGGGAACGACCGAUUGCCUUUGGAGGAGAUAUCAAGGAAAUGUUUCACCAAAUAAGAGUACGCCGUGAAGAUCGCCAAACACAACGCUUCCUUUUUAAUGUAAAUUCUAACGACAAACCUACGAUAUUCGUGAUGGAUGUGGUUAUAUUUGGAGCUAGUUGUUCACCGUACAUUUCACAAUUUGUGAAAAAUCUUAACGCCCAGGAACAUAAGUUUACGUACCCAGCAGCUUCACAAGCUAUAGUACAUAAACAUUUCGUCGACGAUUACUUCGACAGUGCCGAUACUAUAGAGGAAGCAAUCCAGCGAGCGUUGGAGGUGAAGAAAGUCCAUGCUGCCGGUGGAUUUGAAAUUCGAAACUGGGUCAGCAAUUCGGAUGAGGUGCUGCAAAUGCUUGAUGUCAUACCAUGCGAGACAGGGGAUUUCAUUGAAGUCAAUAAGAGUUCUGAAGUUGAACGGGUUCUAGUACCACUUCGCCAGGAGGAAUAUUUGAUGGCGGAAAACUGUCUUUGGCGUCUAGCACAAUAUGACGAGUAUAUCGAUGAAGUUACCAUACUUACUCAAAACCAAUCAUCACCGAAGGAGCUACGGAAAUCAAUAGAAAGGACCAGCAAACUCUACAACAAAUCACCUGUGUUGGACGAAUUUGGCGUUAUACGGAUGGAAGGAAGAACCAUGAGAGCAGAAUUCAGCAGUUUUGAUUCUAGAUAUCCAAUAAUAUUGCCUGGAAAACACAUUGUAACUCGAAAACUAGUAGAAAACUAUCAUCAACGUUGCGGACACGGUAGUCGAGAAACCGUGGUCAACGAGAUCAGACAACGAUUCUGCGUCGAAAACUUACGAGCGUUGGUGAAGAAGGUGACUCAGGAUUGUACCUGGUGUAGAAUGCAGAAGGCGAAACCAUGUGUACCUCGGAUGGCAGCCUUACCAAAACAACGCAUGGCGAUAGGCGCUGAACCAUUCUCAAGUCACAACUAUCGCCGAAGGAAUCCAUCGAUCUUCAAGGAACCCAAACCCAAGACCCCCCCACCAUUGGAAUCGGAAAUACAGUCCACGGAAGGUACCCAGCAUCCCAACAUUUUGGUCCAUCGACCGGAUCAACCAGCCCUGACGGAUACACAGCAUCACAAUUUGUUGACUCCAUUGCGCCGCAGAAGUUGCCCGAAGAAGGAGAUCCAAAGUCCAGCCCAAUUCAUCUCACCUUGGUCACCAAUCUAG